CAACAUGCCUCCCAGCAGCCAGAAGAAACCACCUGUUAAUCGCGGUAAGACGUAUAAACGCGGUUAUGUGGCGUGCGUGAGUUGCCGCGCUCGCAAGGUCCGAUGUCUCCUUGGUGACGAACCACCGUGUGCCAAAUGCGAAAGGGAACACCGUGAAUGUGUGUUUGAGGCGAGUAGAAAAGUGGGGAAACACCGACAGACCCCAAGAUGGUCACUGGCACAAGGUCAUGCGACAGAAGGCUUGCAUAGACAGAACAUCCAGGAGCGACCAUCGGACACUGGGCAUGGGGAUGCAGAUAGAACACCAAGGGUGAUAUCGACAGCCGUAUCCGAACCGGACCCACACCAUCUACCUGAGUCUGACGCUCAUGAUAAUCCAUCCCUUUCUGGUAGGGUAAUGUCGACAAUUUUGGCGCGACCCAGCGAUGCGUUGGAUGUGCUGUUCGAUGCUGCCCGCCCCGAUGUAGGUGAAUCGCCAUCCUCCCCGGCAGGGGACCAGGGAGGCACCACCAGAGACAAGACCCAAACGGUUGUCUCUGCAAGUGGGCUACUUUCAGUAUCCGGUUUGUCGCAUCCCAGCGAAGAUGUUCUCGACCUGUGGGAUAGGUGUCGAUUUGUACGGCAAGGAUGGUUUACCGCACAAGAAGCCGUGACUUACCUAGACUUAUUUUACAAAUAUUUGGCACCUCUUUCGCCGGUCCCUACAGUGGCAUACUGUGAUUAUAAGAACCAUGAACAGCUGAUAGUUGAAGAACCUAUGCUUUGCUGCACUAUGUUAAUGAUAGCUUCGCGAUAUUUCGUUUUACCAGGGGCCGGUGGAAUCUCUCGGAGCCAUUUUAUUCACCACCGGUUAUGGCAGUACUGUGAACUCCUGAUUCGCCGUAUUAUGUUUGGACAGGAAAAGUACUCGACCGCCAAAACCAGGAUUGUGGGCUCAAUUGAAAGCCUUAUCUUGAUUUCGGACUGGAAUCCAAGGUCCGUUCACUUCCCGCCCGAGACAGAGGGCUGGGAUGGUGAGCUGAUCUCACCGGCAUACGACCGCCGGAAUCGACUUCAGACGAGUGAGGAUGUCCCACUUGUUAGAUGGCGUGAGGAUGUGUUUGAGCCAGCAAAGCGAUCGGAGCGCAUGUCGUGGAUGUUGCUUGGUGCAGGAGUGACUCUGGGUUACGAACUGGGUGUAUUCGCCGAUGGUUACUCCAAUACACCCCCUUUGGCUAGCCCCCAGACAGUCAGACUGUAUCGCGCUCGGAAGCUGCUCUACACUUAUGUCACUCAAAUGGCGGUUAGAAUGGGCUGUCCCUCUCCUAUUCCCGACAACAUCCUCUUCAUCCCAGAGGCAUCGCAAGGCAAUAUAACGGAGCCUAUGCAUAGGCAAUGGGAAGGAUACAUGAAAUCAUGGACCGAAUUGACUCGUCUCAUGAAAACAGCAUCGGCCUUGUUCUUCCAGUCAAUUCCCCAUGUGAAACAGCAGCUAUCAUCUGGUCACUACAGUACUCUAUUGCAACAUUUUGCGCCGUCUUUGGCUAAAUGGCAUGAUGAAUUUAAUAACUCAACUGAUACACCAAAAGACCUUAGGCCAUUAUUAUUAAUCGAGUACCAUCACCUCAAAGCGUAUACCAGUGCCCUCGCCAUUCAGGCGGUGGUUGAGAGGGCUGUUGCAAGGGGGGUUAGCUGGAUCGGCGAUACUAGCCGCGAAUCUCUCGAUACAUGUCUUCUGCCCCAUGAUCAAGAUUUCAUUCGUGAUGUUAUUCAAAGCAGUAGUAGAGUUCUAGAAAUUGCCACUGAUAUGGCAGCCAACAGCAUGCUACGAUACGCACCACUACGCACGCUUGUGUGUAUCACCUCUUCAUCAGUCUAUCUCCUGAAGGCUAUAAGCCUUGGGGCGCAUCAUACAGAUCUACAAGCCUCUCUCCGUACGCUAGAUCGAUGUAUCCUUGCUUUGCGCUCGUCCGGUACAGAUGACAUGGACUUCUCACUGCGAUACGCCAGGCUAAUAGAAAAGCACGUCGAUCGGUUUCGCGCAAACUUUAUCUCGGAGCGUGUCACGACUAUCAACCCAGAUCACCAUCGCUAUAACGUACAAACACCAGAGCCCUUAACCAUGGCACAGCCGCAAGGACAACCUCAUAUGCACAGUGCAUUCAGCAAUUACCCAGACCAACAGUCCACAGAUGCCUUUGUUACACCGGAGAUGAACUCAUGGUGGGCCCAGCCGUUUGACCCGAAUAUUGCGCCGUUCAAUUUCAACGGUGAGGGCGUCUCUAUAGGAUUGGAGCUGGAUUCGUUGGAUUUCUUGUUGAAUUUGCCACAGGUUGGAGGUGAAUGAGACACCUUAUAUUGUAGCAAAUGUAGCCACAAGAAUGAUGUAGUUAUUCCAUACAGUCCCAUCUUGUCCAAGCGAGAUUGUGUCGCGAAUGAGCAUUUC